AACACCUUCCAAUCAAACAUUAACGUGAUAAACUAAUAUUUUUAGGUAACAACUCUUUAUUUUUAACGUUAACAUUUGUCUAAAUUAAAUUUAGAGAGGCCACAAAAACAGGAUCCUGAAAUGGAACCUAGGUGUAUAGAGCUGAAACUCAUUUCCUGCAAAGAUCUCAAAGCCUUCAAUUUCUUCCAAAAACUCACUGUUUACGCGCUGGUCUCCAUAGCAAGCAACGACCCCAAAAGGGAACUGAGUGAGGAACAGAAGCAGCAACAGAGAACCCAAACGGACAGGGACAGCGACAACGACGGCGACGGCAGCAACCCCGAAUGGAACCACGAAGCGCGUUUCGAUUUGGGAUGGCUGUCGCAACCCCGAGAUUCCGACGACCUCUUCUUCCGUUUCGAGUUCCGACACGACGCCGUCAUACUCGGCGACAAACUCAUCGGUGAAUGCCGCGUGCCCCUCGCCGAUCUGAUCCGUGACGCCGGCUUCGUCGACGGCGUGGCGCGGUUCGUGAGUUACGAGGUUCGUUCCGGCGACGGCGUGGCGCGGUUCGUGAGUUACGAGGUUCGUUCCGGCGACGGCAAGCCCAACGGGAUCUUCAAUUUCUCGUACAGGUUGAAGGGGAUUGGGACCCACUCGUCUCAGAUUCUCGUCUCCGGGUAUCCACUUCUGGCUCCGGAGGAUUGCGCUCCGAAUCAGUCGCACGUACAAUAUCCGACGGUGGAAUUCGAAAACCCGUCGUGUUGUUACCCGACGGUUGCGUUGCCGGUGGGUUCUUUCCAGGAGGGAUUCCUCUAUCCUCCACCUGCGGUGGCUCCGCCGCCACCUGUUUCGUCUCCGUCAUCAGGAGAGUAUAAUUAUUAUUACCCGCCGCUGCCGCCGCCGCCGCCGUAUCCGUACCCUCCUCCGCCUCCUCCGGUUUCGCAGUCUUACCCGCCCUUUGGGCCUGAGGCCCAUCCCUGGCCGUCAGGCCCGUAUUGUGAACAUAGGUGGUAGCGAAGAAUGAAUUGUUGGACGGGCCGUAGAUGACAAUGGCCCAACACGUUGGAUGACUCUGCUUUAAAAUAACACGUAGCCCAUAUUAUAUUUAGGAAUUUUUCUUGUAAACAAUUUUUGGUAAUACUCGGAAUUUCUUCAUUGCUUUUUUAUUUUUUUUUAUUUUGUUUUUUAGGGUAACAUUAUGCAGUAUCUUCACAACAUGGGUGUGUAGCAAAUCCCUCCUCAAUUGUUGCCUAGCCACAAUGUAUUUUUAGAGAUUUCGAAUAAUAUUAUAUGUAAAAUAUGGACAUGUGAAACUUAGGGAA